AUGAGCAAGCGUGGUCCUGCAGGCGCCGCUGCUCCAAAACAGAAGGCAGCGAAGGCAGCCGCAAAGGCUACUACUACUGCUGUGCCUGCAGCAGGCUCUCCUGAAGCUUUGGCUUUGGCUUUGCCACUGCAGCAACCUAGUAGUGUGAACGCACAGGCCCUGACUCUGAACGGCAAGAUUUGGGCCACUCACCUUGAGAAUGUCCGUGUUUUCAAAGAGCAGGCAGUGUCGGAGGACUUGGUGCAGAUGAAGCCUCUUGACCGCAGUUUUGCCCAGGUCUUCGACGAGAAUGCUGCCUUGGAAAGCCUCAAGCGAGAUGGGAAGUACAUGUGCUUGAUCAACCUCUUGUGGCUUGACCAGACUUGGUCACCGACACCCCAGAUUCCGAUCAACAAAGGCGCAGUCGAGCAGAUCAAGACUCACUGGUUUGCACAGCCAUGCGGCAUGGAAUCGCAGCAGGUCACGGUUGGCAUCUUGAAGCAAGAAAUGGAUAGCAAGACCUUCCCCGCCUCCGGCACGUGGAAGAGACUCAGCGCAGAAGAGAGCAUUCUGGCGUUCUUUGAAGCUGCAAGCGCUGAAGCGGCCAAGGUUGCCGAGGGUGCUUCUGACCUACUUUUGCAGCAGUGGCUCAACCACUGUCUGACCUGCCCAGUGCUGAUCCGAGUGGUCUCUGACGUGAAUGAAAUGGAAUGGGCUGCCCAGCAAUUGCGUGAGGAUAUGACGCAGUUGUCUUUCCUGCAAAGGACCCCGACUCAGCGCAUCUUUGAUGUGAUGCAGAAGCGGGACUCCAUGGGCGUUUCCUACACUCCGGAGAGCUUGAUCCAGCUCUAUAGCAGCAAGAUCCACUUGAGCGCAAAGUCGGAGAAAAUCACCAAAGGCUUCCUGCAUCACUCUUCAAUUGUCAUGGACCGAGCCUUGCGGCACCCACACAUUUUGGAAGUGAUCUUGAGUGAAGAAGGCACUGGUUCUGGCAUUUGGGACGCUGUGAGCAAGUUGCAUGCCGUGUGCAGCAAAUCUUCCCGGCAAGAAGAGGUUGCAUGGAUGUUUCAUCACAUGCAUGACUCCAGAGUGGCAGGGCUUCUGGAUCCAAACCAGUCUGUGAGAUUCUUCACUGGUGAGGGCAGGCCCGGUGGCAAAGGCCAUUGCGACCUUCUGCUCUACAAGCUGAGGUUUCGAGACUACAUGGUUGGAGAUUUCCUUCUGAGCACUGAAGCCAAGGAUUUGCCAGAGAAGUACCGCGUGUCUUUGAAAGAAGUCUUUUCCUCGCACGCAGCUUUCCGAGCAAAGUUUGGUUUCCCAAGUAAUCCCAAGGAUCUGUCCUGGAAAGCCGGCUGGUCCCGCUCCGCAGAUCACAUUCUGCAAUUGGUUCAGGACGUGGUCUUUGGCAUUACUUUCGACGACAACUUGAAAGCCGCGCUGGUUGCUGGCAAGUCUCCCUUGGAUGCGCUCAACAUGGACACCAAGCUUGGGGAGCGCUACUCUGGGUUCAAGACCUUCCUGCGCCACGAGCUCGACGAAGCCAGGGCAGAAGCAUCUGCAGCAGCCCGAACUCAAAUGCAAGGCGAAGAGGCUGAGAACCAGCGAGAUGACUCAGGCAAGCCUAUCCGCAGUGGUGCUUACAAGGCAUUCCUGGAGGAUGUGCAAGCCCGCGUUGGCGAGAUCAAGAAAGAAGAGUUGCUUGACAGCAUCCAGUACUAUGAAGACAAGGCCCGAAAUCUGCUGGCUUCGAAUGUGCAGAUGUUUGUCUUUCCCAGCUCAGAGAAGGAAUUGGGUGAACUGUUGGAGAAAACUGCAGCUGCCCAAGCACGUGGCGCUGGCAAGUCUUUCGUUGGCAUCCUCUGUGAUCCUGCCCAGUGGGGGGAGGCAAUCACCAAUCCUCACAUCCGAGUUUGUCCCUUGAACAUGCAGUACUUGAAGACUUUCCUGUCGGCUGUGAUCAAGAACCGCGACAACCAGCAGUUGAGCAUCCAUAGCAGGGAUUUGUUCAUCUACUUUGAUUCUUUCUUGCCCGGAAAUCUUCCCAAAUGGUUGGGAGCCUUUCAGACCGGAGGCGGUGAUGCCAUGACCAAGCAGUCUUUCACAGUCUUCGUCAGCUAUGAUGAAGAUUCUUUGACGCAGCGCCGCCAGUACAUCAAGGCCAACACAACGACUUUCCAGCAGAUCGAGCAGAUGUCCCUUGUUACGUCUGAGUCUUUCGGAGAUUGCAUGACCAAGCAGAACCGGAAGCACUUCAAGGGCUCCAACUUUGGAAACAAGAUCGGCGAUGUUCUCCUGGACAGCCCUCAAACGCUGUGGUCCAUGACCUUGAAGGACAAGGUCACUCUCUUUGGAAAGUUCCGUGUUGCUGUGGGCGGUCGCACAACUGGAGAGUCCGAGAGCCACCGGGGUGUCACCUCGCGCAAGUUGACCAGUCAAGAGCCUGUGUUUUGGCACAGCCGCCCCAUGACUUUGUGCUUGGAACUGCUGAGUUCCUACAAUCUCUGCGCUGUGCUGGACGCCGGCGUCGGAGACGGACAGAUGGCUUUGGCUGCUGCCCUGCAGCGUGUGCCGUACGCAGGAGCCUGCUUGACUGAAGAGCACAUGGCCGCUGUGACGGAAAGGGUUGUCUGUCAGAUCAUGCUGAAGAUGCUGCACAGCAAUGAGCCGGUCUACGAGGCCAAGUUUGCAGCCAGUUUGGGAGGAGAUCGAUCCAGGGCGUCCACUGCUGCCGCGACAGCGCCACCACCAAGCCAGCCCAGCGCCCAAGGAAGCUCUGAGGCAGUUGGCAGUGGCAGCGCCACUGGCAGUGGCAGCGGCACAGCUGCCGAUGUUCUGUCCGAGUUCCGCAACCAGUUGGCCAACUUGGGCAAUGGACACGCAACGGCAGUAGCUCCAAAGCGAGCAGCUCGGAAAGUUGAGAAAAGACCUGCCUCCAAGGGAGGCAGAUUCAAGGCUACCAGGUCUAAGAACACGCUGCUCCCUGCCCAGCCUGAGACAGUCGAACUCUUACCUGUGCUGCCUCCAAGUUCUGUAGUUGAAGUGACCUUGGCAUCUGAUUGCUCUGGUCUUUGCACAGAAGGGCCAGCAGUGCGAGUCAAUUUGCCUGCCACAGUCAACGUGAAGCACGUCUACGCCUCUGAGAUUGAGCCGAAAUUUAGGAAUUUCAUUACUCAAUUUGUGGAGCCUCAGUACCUGGAGAACAACAUGGAGAACACGCAGCAUCUUCAGCCUCUUUGGUUUGAUGUUGAUCUCUACACAGUUGGCAGCCCUUGUCAACCUUGGAGUGUGGCUGGUGGCAAGGACGGUGCUUCAGAUCAAAGAGGCAGUCUCAUGGCCUUGAUCCCCUUCCAGAUCAAAAAGCAUAAGCCUCGCAGCUUUGUGUCCGAGAAUGUGAAAGGUCUUAUGAGCCUCUUUCCCAACGAGUUCAACUGGCUGAUUCAGAAUUUGAGAGACAUUGUGCUUCCCAACGGCCAGCCCUGCUACAACGUCUACUACAAGCUAGUGGACACGCAGGAUUUUGGAAUUCCACAGCACCGAGAACGGGUCUAUGUCAUCGGCAUUCGUAGAGAUGUGCAAGUGAAGCAGUUUGAGUGGCCAUUGGCGUGCAAGGAGAGGCUCACACUGAAGCAGCUCCUAGGCAACCCCGCCACAAGUGAGAAGCGCAACUUGCAGGAAAUGACGCAUGAUGCCGAUGGCUUGGCUCUUAGCAACACCGUCCGCAAGAAUUUGAAACAGUUUCAAGAAUUUCUUGAAAAAAAUCCUUCCAAGCGAGACCUUGACUUCAUAGUUAACACAGGUGUCCUGGCGAAAGCUGACCUGCAGCUGGGCAUCCGUGCCUUUCUGCAAUGGGACCCCAACCUGAGGGCAAAGAGUGAGCAUGAACUUGAGAACGCUCGUGAAUGUUUGCUUUUCUGCCGGCAAUUUUUUGUCGAAGACAGGACCAGAUCCGUGGCGCUUGCCCAGGCAAUCUUGUUCCUUACAAUCCUGCAGAAUUCAUUGAACUAUCCUGAGGAUGAACUGGUAGAUGUGCCAUGGACCGCUGACUAUUACGACAAGAACGUAGAAAUCCAGGCUUUGCAAAAGAAAGUGAAACAAUGCGUGGCUUUGAAGUCAAAGGCUGGCCUGGAGAGAAAAAUUGAUGAGGUGGAAAGCGCUGCUUUGUUCAUUGCAAGUGCCAUGGGAGCCAUUGGGUCAGGAAUUCCCCAGGCAGCGCAUUUGCAAGGCUCCGCUGUUUGCCUGGACGACUUGUACGUGCACUUGGAGUUUCGCUUUGCAAAUUUGGCCGCCAAUGAGGCCUCCUGCUGCAGCUGUCAAGGAGAUUAUCCUUGCAACACCGAUCUCUUGGUCACCGAUCUCUUGAGGUCACGAUGCCAACUUACCCUGCAAGAGCUUCUAGCCACCAUUGCCACUGAGACAGAGCCUCUAGGUAUUGUGUCUUUGGAGCAUGCCAGGAGACGUCUGGAACAACUUGGCGUGAGUGAAGCUUGGACAUUCUUGCAAGAGAAGCAGACGGGAGCUGACAGAGCGGACACUCUGGAGGAUCUGGGGGAGUUUGUCCAGACCGGAACUGGAUCAGGACGGCGUCCCAUCAGAUCAGCUGAUUUCUUAUGGGGGCUGGAAUCUCUGAGUUUGCGGGGGUUGGCCCAAGUGAUGAUUGGGAACGACUUGCUGUUUUUCGCGUUAGACCUGUUACUUCGUCUUUACUUUGUGCAAGGAUUUGGCGCGAUUCAACAUCCAGACGAACCAGAGGAAGCAUUCAAACCCUCCAUUUGGAAGUUGGCAAUUUUGUCCCUGUUUCGAAGUCUUCCUGGCUUCGAGGAGAUCCGGUUCGGACAAGGGCUCCUGGGCGCUAGCAGUCCAAAACCCACCAGGUGCCAGCUCAUGAAUGCACAGGAGCUGACGCAUCACAGUGGCAAGGACUACACUUCGAAGUAA